AUGAGCUCACGGUUGAACUUCAAAUCGUUUACCUUCGGGACGAAGCGCAACAAGAACCACCACUCGCAUUCGCUCUCGCCCUCACCCUCGCCCGUCCAGCACUCCCAGCCCGUUGUUUCGGCCCCAUCCACCAGCACCCUCAUCGCCCCUCCCUCCUCCUCCUCCACCACUUCGCCCAGCUCUCCUCCCUCCGGCCACUCCUCCUCCACCGCCAGCCUCCCCAUGAAUAAUCAGAAUUCCUUGGGGCGGCCCCCGAGCUACACCUAUAACACCGCUGGCCGUCCCACCAGCCCGCUCCCUCCCACUCAACAGAUGGCGCACCACCCGCCGCCCUUGAACACCAACCUCCCCUACCCGCAGUCCGCCGUUGCCCCCAUGGGUGCUCCUCCCGGAUACCCGUUGCAGCAGCAGCAACAGCAGCAGCUCGCCCCCGGCAUGAACCAGGGCCUACACCAGCCGCAGUACGGCAUGCGGAACCCCGCCGUCGAAGUCGAAGGCGCCGGCCGGAGCAAGGCUCAGCUGAUCGUCGGCAUUGACUUUGGCACUACCUUCUCCGGUGUCGCCUUUGCCUUUGCGACUAACAACGAGGCUCGAGAGGAUAUCAUCACCGAGUGGCCUGGCGCCGGAACGCACACCAAACAGAAGAUUCCAACCGUCUUGUACUACGAUCAAUACCAGAAGGUGGUGGGCUGGGGCCCGGACAUUGCGGAUGCGUUGGCCCCCACCGGGUAUCCAAAGCAAGGGGUGCAGAAGGUCGAGUGGUUCAAGCUUCAGCUGAUGCUUUCCGGCAACACCUACAUCGACCCCAUCAACCUGCCGCCCUUGCCGCCGGGCAAGUCGGAGAUCGACGUCGCCGCCGACUACCUCUUCAAGCUGCGACAGGCGAUGCGGGCGCAGCUCCAGAAGACUCUGGGCGAGGUGUUCACGCGAGAAGAGCGCAACAUCCGCUACUAUCUCACCGUACCCGCCAUCUGGAAUGAUGCGGGCAAGGCAGCAACCCGCGCGGCCGCCCUCCAAGCCGGAUUCUUGCGCGACGAGAACGACAACCGCCUCACGCUGGUCUCGGAACCGGAGGCCGCGGCCCUGUUCUGCGCCAAGACCGGGUUGCUCAACCUGAAGAUCGGCGAUGCCAUCCUGAUCGUCGACUGUGGUGGUGGUACCGUGGAUCUGAUCGCGUAUGAGGUGGAAGAAGAGCAACCGUUCAGCGUCGCUGAAUGCACGGCGGGUUCGGGAGACUCCUGCGGGUCGACCGCUCUCAACCGCAACUUCAGCAACAUCCUGCGGGCGAAGAUCCGGAAGAUGAAACUGCCCGAUGGUUCUCGGACCGCCGGGAAGGUGUACGCCAAGUGCAUCAUGGACUUCGAAAACCGGAUCAAGGCCGACUUCCGCAACAACGGCCAGAAAUGGGCGGUUGAUGUCGGAAUCGAAGCUGACUUCCCGGAUGCCGGCAUCGAGGAAGGUUACAUGACGUUCACCAACGAGGAAAUCCUGCAGUGUUUCGAGCCGGUCGUCAACCGGAUUCUCGAGUUGGUGCGCAACCAAAUCAUCGCGAUCCAAGCGCAGAACCGGUCGCUCCAGAACGUCCUGGUUGUCGGUGGGUUCGGUGCCUCGGAGUAUCUUUUCCAGCAGAUCAAGCUUCACGUUCCGCCACAGUACCAAACCAAGGUGGUCCGACCGAUGGACUCGGUCGCCGCCAUCGUCAAGGGAGCCGUGACGGCCGGUAUCACCGAGCGGGUGAUCACCCACCGUGUGGCGCGACGCCAUUACCUGAUGGCCACGCUGCAGCCCUUCAAGGAAGGCUACCACCCGGAGCAGUACCGCGUCCCCAGUCUGGACGGCCGCGACCGGUGCAAGUACACGCGACAGAUCUUUGUGCAAAAGGGCGAGCGGGUGAAGAUCGGUGAGCCGGUCAAGGUCAGCUUCUUCCGCCAGGUUGCGCCGGGGGCAACCCUGAUGUACGAGGAUAUCCUGUACGCUUGUGACGAGGAUGUGUGCCCGGAGUACACGAAAGAUCCACGUAAGCUGCCCCCCCUUGCCAUCCGCCUGGCCACUGGUAUUAACGUUGCUGCAGGCAUCAAGGAGGUCGUCACACUCACGUCGGACUUGUCCCGCAAGAACCUGGAGACUGAUUUCGAGCGCAUGGACACGCCCCAGGGGACGUUCUACCGCGUAUACUUUGAUAUUUACCUGACCCUCGACGGCAGUGAAUUCAGCGCCGAGUUGGUCUGUCAAGGCGAAGUUAUGGGUCGGUGUCGAGCCAAGUUCAGGUAG